GUGUGGUCCUCUUCUUUUGAUACAAUGCGCCACCUGGCGUACACAUUGAGCUACUGCACGCGUAAUUACAGACAGGCAUCUUGACAGCCAGCUACUUUAGGGGUCCUCCGUAGUGAAUGAGAAGCUAAUAAACAACGGAGCAAACUCUGAGCUAAAACACUCAUUUUCUCCCUUUAUGUCUGUUUUAGAAACUUUAAACCGCGUUUUGUUCACUUGGAAACACCAGUAGAAGCAGGGCAGCCUCCUAUAAAUCGCCAAGUUGUCUUAUUUCUGUGAACUUUUAACUGUAUAAUAGUUUGAUUAGUUAGCCCAAGCAGGUACUUGCAGCUAGUUGAAUGUGUGCCGGGUAAAGAGAUGGAUGGUUAUCCAGGAGUUCUUGGAGCUGACUCUACAAAACAACAGGAAAGACAUUACUACCUUUUAUCUGAACUGCAAACCUUAGUCAAAGAUUUACCAAGCUCCUUCCAGCAGCGCCUCUCCUACAACACGCUGAGUGACCUGGCUCAAGCACUCAUAGAUGGGACGGUGUAUGAGAUUGUGCAGGGGCUCCUGGAUAUUCAGCAUCUGACAGAGAAAAAUCUGUACAACCAGAGGCAAAAGCUGCACGGCGAACACCAAGCACUCAAACAAGAGCUUUUACGGAAGAACAAAGACGCUCUGCAGUCAUGCAAGUCUCACAACCUUGCGCUUCUCAAAUCCAACCAACAAGCAGAGAUAGAGGCUCUGGAAAUCCGUGUGCGAGAGGAACAAAGAAUGAUGGAUAAGAAGAUUGUUGCGGAAAUGGAUCAAAAAGUGAUAGACCAGCAGAACACCCUGGAGAAGGCUGGAGUCCCUGGGUUUUAUAUCACCACUAAUCCUCAGGAGCUGACGAUGCAGAUGAACCUACUUGAACUGAUCCUCAAGCUUCAGCAGAAGGAGUCUCAGUCUGGAUUCCUUUGAGAAAGAGGUCUAAUUGUGCUAAAAGAGAGACAGGAAAAAGAAAAGGAUUGGCCACAGAGGAUGUAUGCUCACAUUUGUGUCGGGCAACGUGUGGUAUUGGUCUCUUUGGGAAAGGUUCACUUGUUGUUAUAAGUGUAAUAUUCACCAUCAAAACAUGCAGGAGAAGGCUUGUUCUCCAGUGUUCAAGUAGGACGUUUCCAGUCCUGGAGGAGAGCAGAAGCAGUCUGGGACAACAUAGAAUGUAAAGCACUUAAAUGCCAUGUUACACAUUGUGAAAUUAGGAAGUUGUUGAAGGAUGCAGUGUAUAUACACAUUGAAGCAGAGCAAUGAGAGAGAAGACUCUGCCAGAAAUUAAACUGUGGAGGGUUGAUUUGUUGCCCGAGGACAAAUUUUUCUGUAACUGGAAUUAAUGUUGUGACCUUCCUGCAAUGAGAUUGUCUCUCCAUAAGAGCCUCCUGAUGCCUUUGGGGAAAAGUAAUAUUUUAUUGCUGUGUGUGUGUACACAGAGAACAAACUGAGCAGCAGUAGUCACAAAGCUGAAACCUGUAACCUUCCCCAAAUGUCUUCCGCGAGGGUGAAAGCAGGUUUGUGUGAAAACCUGCUCUUUAUUUAAAUCGUCCACUGAAUACAGCUACUGCCGGCCUCAGGAUGUCAAUUUCAAAUGUGUAAACUAGAAACAAGGUGUGACAUGUGUCAGCUCCAGUGAUCUGGCUCUGCUAUGAACAAACUUUAUUGUUUAUUUGAACAGUAUUGUGAAACGUUUCCUACUUUAUUUUUUUCUACCAUUGUGUAUAAUAUUUUUUUUUUAAUCUAUUCAGUUUCUUUUGGUUGUGUUUAUACGACGGGUGCACAUUACUGUCCCACAUAAAUAAACAAAUAAACAACAAUGAACAAUUUAGUUAAUGAUAUGAGGUACAGUAUGGACUGUAGCAUCAACUGUUAGUAUGUCCAUUAUAUGAAGAUCUGUUUUCAUAAUACAAAUGUCAAACUAAAUGUUGUCUUCUGUAAAUAAUUUAACAGAAUUGAGUGCUGUAAAAAGCCAAAUUGUGUAGCACUGGGUUCCAAAACAAUUUCACUGGGAGGCUGCCACUGCUCAACACUUCAUUUAGCGCCAAUUAACUUAGGGAUCGUUUGAUUGGAUGAGGCUGAACAGACUAUUGCCCCUGUAUUUAUCUGCACAUUGGUUAUUUUCUUCACCAGUAAGGCAUGACCUUUGAAAUGUUGGUGUUUCCUUUAACCAGACUAUAAAUCUCAUCAACACAUUGAAUUGGUAACAUUACUGGCAGACCUGGGCCUAUAUUGUGUCUUAGAUUCUGAUGGAUAUGUUCUCCUAUCACAUCAGUCUUCUUUACACUCAUUACUAUAUGUGUAAGAUUAUUAUGAUCACACAUAAAGGCUGUGUGGUGAGGCACCUGACUACAUUGUGAUCUACUAUGGCCCUAUAUCUCCGGUUGUCCUCCUGGCUGUUCCUUGGUAUAAAAGCUGGAGUUGACUUCUGGACACAGGAUUCUGUUUUGUGUUGUAUUUGAAUUUUGUUUUUAUAACAUCCAUUUGUCAGUUUAACCAUUGAAAUACCAUUUUACUGUGAACUGUUUACAGUGGUGGAAAUACAUUUACUUAAGAAUUGAACAUGCCACCACAUGAAUUUUAUUAGUUACAUUAAAACACAUUUCUUGGAUUUUAUGCAUCAUACUGUGAAUUUUCCCCCGGUCAAUAUUUUUGCAUAUUCCUGCAAACUGAACAGCUCUUCAUUUAUUUAUUUCAAUAAUGCUCAUAUUGUACACAUUGUCUCCUUUCAUAUUUGUACAUAUUGUCUCUAUUUUUUUAAUUCAUAUUUUUCUAUGUUGUUAUGCACCACUAUACCAAGACAAACUCCUUGUAUGUGUAACUCUACUUGGCAAUAAAAUCCAUUCUGCCACUGA